AUGCACGCUUCUACCACUUCCAUCCUGAUAGCAGCUCUCGCAAGUUCGUCAUUGGCUGCCCCUAUCUUCCAGGACCUAGAAGCGCUCAACGCCCCGAACCUUGCCGCACGUAACGUCUUUUAUCAACUUGCAACACGCGAUACUCCUUCUCCCGCGAAGCAGAAUGAACCCCAGCAUUCCGGACGUUCGGUUGAGGAGAAGGACGAAUUGGAUGAGCGGGAUCUUGAGGACUUCCCUGAGUUUGACGAGCGCGAUGAGGAUAACUAUCUGGACGAACGUGCCAGUCCCUUCGACCUUAUCCGCACCGCGUUCGCGAAGGCGAGGACUUAUGCAAAGCCGAAUACGAGCCCUUCUCCGCAGCAACGGUCGCUGGACGACAUCGACGAUGACAUGGACGUGUACAUAGAUGAGCGGGAUCUUGACGACUUCCCCGAGUUUGACGAGCGCGAUGAGGACACCUCUCUGGACGAACGCGGUGACUGA